AUGGCGUCCAACCUCGGCAUGCGCUUGAAGCACUGCUUCUCGCCGCCGUCCCUCCGGUCCUACUUCGCCGAGUUCAUCUCCACCUUCCUCUUCGUGUUCACCGCCGUCGGCUCCGCCAUCUCCGCCAGGAUGCUCACGCCCGACGUCACGUCCGACGCCUCGUCUCUGGUGGCCACCGCCGUCGCGCAGUCGUUCGGGCUCUUCGCCGCGGUGUUCAUCGCCGCCGACGUCUCCGGCGGCCACGUCAACCCGGCCGUCACGUUCGCCUUCGCCAUCGGCGGCAACAUCGGUGUCCCGACCGCCAUCUUCUACUGGACGUGCCAACUGCUCGGCUCCACACUCGCCUGCCUCGUCCUCCACUUCCUCUCCGCCGGCCAGGCCGUGCCGACGACGAGGAUCGCGGUGGAGAUGACCGGGUUCGGCGCGUCGAUCGUGGAGGGGGUGAUGACGUUCUUGCUCGUGUACACCGUGCACGUCGCCGGCGACCCUCGCGCACAAGGCAGGAAGGGGCUCGCAACGACAGCGCUGGGUGCGCUGGUGGUCGGGUUCAUGACGGGCGCCUGCGUGCUGGCGGCGGGCUCGCUCACGGGCGCGUCCAUGAACCCCGCGCGGUCGUUCGGGCCGGCGGUUGUCAGCGGCGACUUCAAGAACCAGGCCGUGUACUGGGCCGGUCCCAUGAUCGGUGCGGCCGUCGCGGCGGUGGUGCAUCAGAACCUGAUGUUCCCGUCCGCGCCGGAGCCGCUGCCGCACGAGUCGCGCCAUGGGAGCGUGGAACCGGUGGUUGUGUGA